GCUGCUCACUAUGCCUAUGCCUCAGCUUUCACCUCCAAUGUCAUUCUCAGAUCCCAGUACCUGGGAGCAGAUGUUUCAAGAGCUGAUUCAGGAGGAGAUACCCAGGGCCAAGUGGACCUUGCAGCUGGAUAAGAAUAUUUUGCCGGAUGACUUGACCAAGGGAUGGAGGCAGUACCAGCAGGCAGGAGUUGGCUGGUUCCAGUGUUCCAUAUGCAACAGACACUGGAUUUCUGCCCAAGUGAAGAUCCUGUGCCACAUGUAUUGCGAGCCUAGGAAACUUCAGGGCCGGGUGCUCAUGAGGAUCUUUGCUCAAAGGUGCCAGAAGUGUUCUAUGGCUAAAUUUGAGAAUCCUGGGUUCUCUGAAGAGAGCAUCCAAAGAAUUCUGGAGAAGCUGGUUAGUCAUAUUGUGCAGAAAUACUACGGACAUGGCCUCAAGAAAAUAACAUCAACUUCAAAUGAGAGGGUGCUUUUGGAUGGACCCCAUGACAGAGCCAAUUGUGAGGCAUGCACUCUGGACCCCCAUGGAGGGUGUGCAUACAAAGCAAAGCCACUCAAUUCCCCAUCUCCUCCACCAAAGAGCUGCAGUUCUUUCCCACCACAGAGACACGGUUCUUCCCCACCAAAGAGCCACAAUUCACCCCCACCACAGAGUCCCAAUUUUUUAUCUCAGCCUGAAAGCACAUAUUCUGAAAAUGUGCAUGUUCAGGAAAACAGAGAGCUCAAUAUCGGAGGGCUUUUUGCGGCUUUGUCUCUUGGAGCAAUUAUCCUUUUUCGUCUAAUCUUUCUGUAAUAGACUUAUCAUCUUGUUUUAAUUCUAGAGUUAUCCAUAAAAUGGAUGUCAUUUUAACAUGACAAUGACUUGAUUUGAGAUCAAGAAAGGCCAAGUAUGUAAAAUAAACCUGGUUUCCUGGACGGGCUCUGAAAAUAGCCUAGAACAUGACAUGUACAUAAUGGAGUUUAAAACAAAUUUCUACUAAGUCACUGAACCAUCUGUAUUUGCUUGCUCAGUUAUUGUUAUCAAGUUAUAUUGAUUAAAUCUUGACAAGGUCAUGAGUAUUAUUGUAAAUGUACUGUGACAGACUGAAUAAUGCUCCCCCCCACCAAAACUGCCCUUACCCUACCCUCUAAAACUUGUGACUGUGCUAUAGUGUUUUGAAGAAUGGAUUUUGGAGACAUGGUAAAAUUAAAAGAUCUUGGGGUAAAUUGUCUUGCAUUCUCAGGUUGAAUAACAAGCGGUCCUUCUGUUUAUCUUUUCAGUCAAGGUCCAUCAGAAGAUUAACCUGAAAGGCUUGGCCUGUGGGUGAUGGUGCUAUGGAAGGGCAUGUGAAGUUUAUGGCAUGGUGCUGUGAACUGAUCCUUCUGUGCACUGUAAAUAUGCAGUAAUCUCAUUGGUUAAUA